GAGACACCUUGGAGCCGCGGCACAAGUGGCUGUAUCUGCGUAUCCGUCGCUCUUGCGGUGUGGGAGAAACUACCUCGUGGGCGAGCUCUGUAUCCUGGAAGUCCUUCAGCUUAUAGGCGCUAUAUGCGCUUUUCAGCGCGGCACCCCCGUGGCCGACCUUAUGUGGCGAAUGCGGUUGAGAUCACAGGUGACCUUAGAGCACUACCUGCAGGAGAUGACAGGGUAUUCUGUGAUCCCGUCUUUGCCCUACGAGACUCGCCGAAGGAUCGAGGUUGCGAACUGUUUCUUCCGUGCCGUUGAGGAGAGGGCCAUCUACUACAGGGCGGCGCGCCUUGCGGCCUCUAGUGGUGUGGAGGCUGCCGCUCGAGCCUAA